ACAUCCCCAAUCCCGGGGGGCUCUCCCAGCCCUGGCGGUCCCUGGGCAGCCCCAGAGGCACAUUUUGCUCCUCCUAACCCAAACCACCGCCCGUGGCAGUGGGGAGGGGGGCUCCCGGGGUUUCCUUUCUCCUCCUUUUUUCCUUUCCCAGCCGGGUCCGGGCGGGCUCGGCCGCGGCGCUGCCUCCCCGGCCGGGUGUGGCCCAGGCGGGGCUAUAAAUGCCAGGGCCUGAGGCUGGCUCCCCUUCCGCCCUGCCCGUCCUCCCGUGGCCAGCCUGAACUCUCGGCUUGCCGCUGUCCCCAUGGCGUGUCCCCUGGAGCAGGCGCUGGCCGUGGUGGUCGCCACCUUCCACAAGUACUCUGGCAACGAGGGCGACAAGUACAAGCUCAACAAAGCCGAGCUUAAGGAGCUGCUCACCAAGGAGCUGCCGAGCUUCAGCAAGCAAACCAGCGAGGCCAGUUUACAGAAGCUGAUGAGCAACCUGGACUGCAACAGCGACAACGAGGUGGACUUCCAGGAGUACGUGACCUUCCUGGCCUGCAUGGCCAUGAUGUGCAACGAGUUCUUCCAGGACCUCCCGGACAAGAUGCCCCGCAGGAAGUGAGGGCAGGGCCCGGCACCGCCCCGGGACCCUCCCGUUGUGCUCCCGAUGUCAUUUCAAUAAAUCUCGAUUUAAAUGAA